ACAUUGGAUCAGUCUAGCAUCUUGGUGGAUUGUACAAUUUAUGACCAAAUGGAUAUGUUACAAUUAAAACACAAAGUCAAUUUAUUAUUAAAUGUUAGCUAUACAGAAUGCAAGCAAUAAUUCUCCUAUGCAAUUAGAAACGAAGAAAAAAAUAACUGACUAGCUAGAGUCUCAAGCCUUUUACCUGCAAAGCUUUGGUCGUCGUCUGACGGAAACUAUUCAGCCGCAGCGCCGUUGGUUUAUCACCAGGCAGUCAACAUGACGUCACGUGUAUGCAAGAACUGUGGCUGCUCCGAUAUCGAUCUCGACCAGGCUCGGGGCAAUGCUGUUUGCACAAGCUGUGGGUCUGUCUUGGAGGACAACAUCAUUGUGUCUGAGGUGCAGUUUGUCGAGGGCAGCGGCGGGAUAUCAUCGGCCGUGGGGCAGUUCGUCUCUGCAGACGGUCCAGUCAAAGCUCCGCUCCUGGGCACUGGGUUUCACACCAGUAUUGGGAAGGAGUCACGUGCUCAGACGCUACAGAACGGGAAACGGCAGAUUCACAACCUGGGCAGCCAGCUGCAGCUCAACCAGCACUGCCUGGACACGGCCUUCAAUUUCUUCAAGAUGGUGGUGAGCAAACACCUGACGCGAGGGCGCAAGAUGGCGCACAUCAUCGCCGCCUGCCUCUACCUGGUCUGUCGGACGGAGGGCACGCCUCACAUGCUCCUGGACCUGAGUGAUCUACUACAGGUGAAUGUAUACAUCCUUGGGAAAACCUUUCUCAUGCUAGCCCGGGAGCUCUGCAUCAACUCUCCAGCCAUAGACCCGUGUUUGUACAUUCCCCGUUUUGCCCACAUGCUGGAGUUUGGAGAGAAGACCCACGAGGUGUCCAUGACAGCCCUGCGGCUGCUGCAGAGGAUGAAGAGGGAUUGGAUGCACACGGGCCGCAGGCCCUCGGGGCUCUGCGGAGCAGCUCUGCUGGUGGCCGCACGGAUGCACGAGUUCCACCGCACGGUCAAGGACGUCAUCGGAGUGGUCAAGGUGUGCCAGGCCACUCUGAGGAAGAGAUUGACCGAGUUUGAAGACACCCCGACCAGCCAGCUGACCAUCGAUGAGUUCAUGCGGGUGGAUCUGGAGCAGGAGUGCGACCCGCCCUCUUUUACCGCGGGCCAGCGGAAAGUUCGGAUGCGCCAGCUUGAGCACGAAUUAGCCAAGAAGUUGGAUGAGGUUCAAGGUGAAAUCUGCACCUAUCGAGACGAGAUCGAGACCGAGCUGGAGAACAGCAGGCCGAAGCUGCGAGGGAUUUAUGCUUCCUACGCCAAAGAAACAGACCCCCUGGUAGAAGGGCUAUCCCAGAAGUCCGACCAACCCAGCCCCGAGGAACCAGAGCGCAACGAUGACGAGCUGGAAGCGGCCGCCCAGCACCUCGAGCAGGACUUCAUCUGCCAGGUGCUCCAGGAGGAGCAGGGGCUUGGCGGGCCGGGUGCGGUGGACGACGCGGAGGAUGUCGGCCGAGUCGACGAGGCCCCUGCCCUCAAACACCCCUCCCUAGCCUCCAUCCUGGGCUCCCUGCCCAGCGCUGCAAGCCUGGGCCUGGGCCUCUGCGAUUCCAUCCAGGAGUGUAUCGCAGGGGACAAGGAUAGCGAUGAAAAGUCAGAGAGUGGAGAGCUGGACCUGGAUGGGAUUGACGAUAAGGAGAUUGACAAGUACAUCCUCAACGAUAAAGAAGUGAGGACUAAGACGCAGCUCUGGAUGAAGCAGAACGAAGAAUAUCUGAAGGAACAGAAAGAGAAGGAGGAGAGGAUAGCUAAGGAGAAGCAGCAAGGCACCUACAAGGAGAAGCCUAAAAAGUCCAAGAAGCGAGAGCCCAUCCGGGCCAGCACGGCUGGCGAGGCCAUCGAGAAAAUGCUUGAGCAGAAGAAGAUCUCCUCCAAGAUCAACUACGAGGUGCUGCGCGACCUCAACAGCAAGGGCAGCGGCAACAGCAGCCCCACCAGAUCCACGGCAGAAGGCCCCACCAGCGGAGCGGGCCGCAAGAAGCUGACCCGGAGGAAGAAACAGCCCAACAAGGCCAACGUCGGCCUGGCCGCCACUACAAGCAUCAUGGGGAAAAGACUACGUCCACUAAUAUCAUCCACACCAAAGAAGAAGAGAGCCAUGUCACAGGUAACUCCCAACGUGAGCUCAGCGGCCCUGCCAGCGCGCCCCACCCUGUCCGCCCCCCCUGCCCUGCCCUGCGGCCCCCCGACCCCCUCCCCGGAGGCUGCCGCCCUGGAGCCCGGCGAGGCGGAGGGCGAGGAGGAGGAGGAGGGGGAGGAGCCUUGCGUCAGCGCUCUGCAGCUCCUGGGAGGAGACGAGUAUGGAUGUGAAGCAGAAACCGAGGAAGUGUUUUAGCCUUUCGCUCAUGUCUCCAGAUUUUCCCUCUCUUCUCCAUCGGGCGGACAUGAGAGUUGCGUGGAAUGAAAGGACAAGAAGCUCCGGGGGGGUCGACCACUGUUCAGAUGCACUGUAGAGGGGACAGGGAUGGGCCCCAGCCGGGAUAGAUCAGCCAUGCUUUGGAAACACAAGGGGGGUGGGUUGUUUGUGUGUGUGUGGGAGGCGGGGGGGGGGGGGCGGGCAUUAUGCAGAGAGACGUGUGUGGCAGUGAGGAAGAGGCAGAACUCAGGCCAGUGUGCAGAUAGCUCUGUGAUCAGUAACUAUGAGUGGGCCGCUUAGCUCGAGUGUUUAUAACUAAGCACCAGCCUUUUAUCUGUUUUCCUCCAAGCCAAGAAUGUUCUUUUUUACAGAAAAACAACAUCUAUAUUUGAUUCAUUUUCUUCGUGUGUAUAUAUAUAUAGAAGAAAAAAAGUGUUGCGUAGAUCAAAAAUGUAGCUUGCUCUUUGGGUGUGCCAGGGCACAGUUUGGUGAGGAGGGGGGGGCUUGGUGGACUGGGAAAUUGGGACACAGCAUCAAGCCCUCCGUUCACACAAUGGAAGAUUAGAGGGUGGCCAGGCAGUGGGUGCAGAAUGAUCCACCCUCCCCUAGCUGCACUGGGUUUUGUAUGGAGGCAGAGAGCACACACAGGAGCAUGCCGUUUCAACCCAGCUUGGUAGUUCUGUAAUUGUAAUAAUGGCCACUGAGUGGAUUGCAUACAUUUUUACCUCACAUGGCCUGCUGUUACCAGCAUUUAGGCAGUUCUAGUAGCACAAUGGGCCCAGGUCCCCGAUUGCAUUAGGUUCUUUAAAAAACUAUACUUUGAAUUCCGUCCGGUUCCCUUCAUUUUACAACCUUUUAUCGUCUCAGCAGAAAAUUGAAAUUAAUUGUGGUCCACUUUCAGGUUUUCUCAUUUUAGUCCUUUUAGAUUUUGUAGACUGUUCUCUGAUGACGCUGGUUUCAGUACAGACAGCAGAAGUUCAAAACUGAGAAUUUAUUUGUUGAAAUACUCAAACGCAGUUUCAUAAAAUGUGGGUCCACAUUUUUUGGUAGAAACUGGAUCCAGUUAAUUUUUUAACUAUCCAUUUCACAUCAACACAUGAUUUUAAAUUCAUUCAAAUAUAGUAAUAUGUUUUGAACUAUUGUCUCACAACAUUUUAUAGGAGGCACAGUUUCGUAUUUUUUGGUCAAAAUUGUGUUUUGUAUGUGUCUACUGACACCAAGCUUUGUAAAAUACAAUGGCAGCUUUCAGUUAGUACUGGACAGUAUAUAUCAGAUGUUAGGCUCAUCAGAGGUAAACUAAAUUUGAGCAUAUAAAUAAAAAAUACCUAUAUAGUUUGUUGUAGUGUUGCUGUAUUUCAAUGUUUCUACGUUUUGUACAUUUAAAAAGAAUGCAAUAUUGCACUAUAUAUGCAAUUAUGUAUAUGUUUAAGUUGUUCUUCUACAGUCAGUUUGUGUUUUGUAGUGUGAGAUCAUUCUACUUUGUGUAUUUUGUAUAUGAUUCAUCUGCUUUAGACAGUAUCUGCUAGUUAAUAAUACAUUACUUUGUAUAGUUGUAAAAAUGUGAUCGUAGAAGAUGAGAAUCCUGUACAUAUUGGCUGUAGAACUCCAACCUGAUGUGGAUGGGAAUAUUUUUUGUACAUUUUCUGUCAGUUGUGUCUGGUCUGCUUGAUUUUGAAUUGUUUGUUUGCUUGUGUGAGGGACGCCUUUGAAAGCUCCCAAUAAUGCAAAAAAUUUGGCAUGAGAGGGAGACAAAAUCAAAUACACUGUACACAAAUUGACAGUUAAGAUAAUCAGGGCCUUUUGUUGACACCAGUGUGAUUCUAACAGCAACCGCUUUUAUUCCAAGACAUUUUAUAACUUGCAAAUUGUUUGUAGAUCAGUAAAGAAACUGUGGUUCACAUCUCCCAACAUUCCAUUUAUAUUGGCAAAUAAACUCACAAUAUAAA